UAAUAUUAACGGGUUUUUUUUUACAAACCCAAGACUUUCAACAUAAAUAUAAAGUUUUAAUAAAAAAAAACGCUUUUUUUUACCAAACGAAUUUCGUGUGCUUUUGGAGGGGCGUGAAAAGUCCUGGAAUUUAAUAGGGGCGUUUCUUGUAGUCGUCCAGGACGCAAACAGACCCUCACCCUGGCUUCUCCAUACCCUUCGUGUUGGAGGACUGAAUGGUGCUUCAGGUUACGCGUCGUUUUAUUUGGGCAAACUGUCGACCACGCGGUUUACACUACCAAAGCAUUUUUAUUUGCACCUCUAAAAGUUGAGGAGGAUUAAGGCGCCUUACUCGAUCACUAUCAGAUGUGAUAAACCGAGAUCUUCAUACAUCUUGUUCACGGUUUUACAUUACAGAUUUUACAUUUUUACGUUUCAGAUCUGUUCUAAGUGUUUGUGUAGUUUAGAAAAUGACAGAGGCAGAAUUGUACUCUGUAUAUAAAGGGGUGUUCGUCCCAACUCAUUUGCACCCUCCUGAAUGUCUAAAAUACUACGAGGACUUUACUUUCCGCCCGGAUGACAUCCUUAUCGUUACCUAUCCUAAAUCAGGUACAACAUGGAUGCAGGAGAUCGUGCCUCUAAUAGUGAAUGAGGGAGAUUUUACUCCUGUACUAACUGUCCCAAACUGGGACAGAGUCCCAUGGCUGGAGGAACAUCGGGCGAUAAUUCUUAAUCUAGAGGAACGACCCUCACCCCGCAUCUUUGCAACUCACUUUCAUCACCAGAUGAUGAACGAGUCUUUCUUCAAAAUAAAGCCAAGGGUUCUUUAUGUGUUAAGAAACCCGAAAGACGUGUUCACAUCUUCAUUUCACUACUAUGGGAUGGCUUCAUAUCUGGUGAAACCAGGAACACAAGAUGAGUUCAUGGAGAAAUUCCUUGAUGGAAAAAUCAUGUUUGGCUCUUGGUUCGAUCAUGUGAAGGGAUGGCUGAAUGCUGAGGAACCCAUACUCCAUCUAUUUUAUGAAGAGAUGAUAGCUGAUUUGAAAGGAUCUGUAGAAAAAAUCGCAAAGUUUCUUGGAAAAUCAUUGAGCCAAGACAUCAUCGAGAAAAUAGCUGACCACUGUGUCUUCAAGAACAUGAAGCAAAACAAGAUGUCCAACUAUUCUCUGGUUCCUGAAGAGUUCAUGGACCAAAAGAAAUCUGAAUUUCUGAGAAAAGGAAUUGCUGGUGACUGGAAAAAUCAUUUCACUGAGGCUCAAGAGCAGCGGUUUAAUGCUGUGUACAAAGACAAAAUGAAAGAUGUGAAAUUCAAAUUUAUGUGGGACUAAACUAAAUUCAUUCGAUCACUCUUACUUUAAAACUUAAUAGCCAGAUGAUUAUUGACAUCUAUUACAGUGGUGAUAUACUUUUAAAGGUCCCGUUUUUCAAACUUUAGUGUGUAAUGUUGCUAUAAUAGCAUAAAUAAUACCUGCAAAAUCAUAAAGCUCAAAGUUCACUG